UACAUUUUCCCGCGACAGUCUGGCUCCCCGAACCAGUAACAACGCAAACUCACAACUGGUGGUCUUUGUUGUUUUCACCACACUAACAAAAUGGCAGCUUCCGUGAACGCGAACGAGUUAGGAAUGCUUUCGGAAUCUGAAUGAAUUCUGAAGCAACACGGCCUCAGCCUUAGUUCAGAUCUUCUCUUUUCUAAUCAAAUGUCGCCAUGUUUAGAAUUUUUAAGAAUUUAGGGUGUCUUGCAGAACUUAAUAAAUGCAACAGGGUUGUUGAAAAAAGGUGCUUUGCGAGUAAGAAAUACGCCGAUACAUUAAACUUGCCCAAAACAAGUUUUGAGCUUUGGGGCGCCGGAAAACGUGAAGAAGAUGUACGAAGGAUAUGUGGUUUUUCUGAGCUCUACUCAUGGCAGGAACAGCAGACAAAGAGAAAGCACUUCUGCCUGCAUGAUGGUCCUCCGUAUGCCAAUGGAGAUCCACACAUCGGCCAUGGUCUGAAUAAGAUACUCAAAGAUGUCAUCAACCGCUACAAACUAUUGCGAGGCUACAGCAUCCAUUACAAGCCCGGCUGGGAUUGUCAUGGGCUACCCAUUGAGCUGAAAGCACUUUCAGAAAAUGAGGACGACUUCAGGAAGCUAAGUCCUCCAGAAAUCAGAAAAAAAGCCAGAAAAUUUGCUGAGAAAGCAAUUGACAGACAGAUGAAGGCUUUUAAGAAAUGGGGCAUCAUGGCUGACUGGGACAGUGGCUGCUAUUUCACAUUCGACAAGGAAUAUGAAGCAUCUCAGCUCAGGCUUUUCCAUCAAAUGUAUCAGAAGGGUUUCAUCUACCGUGAUCUGAAACCUGUGAACUGGUCUCCAUCAUCAAGGACAGCACUGGCAGAGGCUGAGCUAGAAUACAACACCAACCACGUGUCCCAGUCCAUCUACAUCAAAUUUCCAGUGUCAAGGCUUCCUGGGAAGUUGGCAGAUUAUAUAUCCGAUUUGUAUGCAGCUAUAUGGACCACCACUCCCUGGACCAUUCCAGCCAAUGAGGCCAUCUGCUACAUGCCGGCCAAAGACUAUUGCGUGGUGCAGUGUACAGAGACUAGGGAGAGAUUGCUCCUAGCAGCUGAAAGGGUCGAAGAAAUGGCACAGAUUUGGGGGAAGAACUUUGAGACGAUAGUUUACUUUGAGGGUUCCCACCUCGAAGGGGGUUGCUGCCUGCAUCCCGCUAUCCCGGGGAAGACAGUUCCCCUAUUGCCAGCUGCCCACGUCAAGAUGAGUAUGGGCACCGGACUUGUCCAUACAGCACCAGCUCAUGGACCAGAGGACUAUGGGGUAGCAAUCCAGUUCAACCUGCCAGUGCACUGCAUGGUUGAUGAAGAUGGCAUCUUUUCACCAGAAGUUGGCCAGCAUUUGGCAGGGAAGAAUAUCCUCACAGAUGCCAACGAUAUCGUGAUUGAAAUGCUAAGAGCCAGUGGGAAUUUACUGAUGCAGUCUAAUUAUAUGCACAGCUACCCGUAUGAUUGGAGGACCAAGCAGCCAAUCAUCAUCAGGCCAAGCAAACAGUGGUUCAUUAACACAGGGGCAAUCAAGGACAGAGCCAUGGAAUGUCUCCAAACUGUUGAGAUGCUACCAAGUCAUGCUCUGAACAGCAUGAGAGCACAGCUAGAAGGACGCACGUUCUGGUGUAUAUCAAGGCAAAGGGUGUGGGGUGUCCCCAUUCCGGUAUUUUACCACAGAGAGACAGGCGAACCAUUCAUUACGAGUGAAAGUGUCAACCAUGUGACUGAUCUAAUACAGAAGCAUGGCAGUGACUGCUGGUGGGAGUUGCCUAUGGAAGAACUUCUCCCUGAUAAUGUGGCAGCAAAAUGUAGUUUCAAGUCCAGUGAGUUUGUGAAGGGAGAAGACAUCUUGGAUAUAUGGUUUGACAGUGGUUCAUCCUGGUCACAUGUUCUCAAAGAUGCAAAUGAGCAGGCAGAUCUGUACCUUGAAGGGGAAGACCAGUACGGUGCUUGGUUCCAGACAUCUCUAUUAACAAGCGUUGCUGUCAAUGACAGGGCACCUUACAGGAAUCUUCUGGUGCAUGGCUUCACGUUAGACAGCGAAGGGAGAAAGAUGUCCAAGUCCUUGGGCAACGUGGUUGAUCCUGACGUCAUUGUGAGUGGCGGAGAGAACAAAAAGACAGAUCCUGUUUACGGUGCUGAUGUGCUGAGAUGGCGUUUGGCCGAGUCCAGCUGGUUGACCAGGGUCCAAAUAGGGCCAGAACUCUUCGCCAUGACCAACCAAAGUAUUCUAAAGGUUAGGAAUACCAUUCGCUACUUCUUAGGCAACCUCUAUGACUUUGACCCCUCGGUGGAUCUUCAACCUCAUGCUGACCUCCUACCCAUUGAUAAAUACAUGCUACAUCUUCUCUAUGACUAUGGGUCAAAGGUCACGGCAGCUUAUGACAGCUACGAGUUCAGCGAGGUCACGGCUACCAUCACAGAGCUUAUUCAUGGCAAAAUAUCAGCUUUUUACUUGGAUACCAUGAAAGACAGGUUGUACGCUGAAGUGUUCGAUUCCCUGGAGAGACGUUCUUGUCAGACGGUCCUCUACCACAUGUUGGAAGUCAUUGUCAGGUCAAUCGCUCCCAUCACUCCCCACUUGGCAGAAGAAGCAUUCUUGCACAGUCCAGAUGCUGUGAGCAUCUUCAAGACUGGGUGGUUCCAUUGUGACCGCUCAUGGCACCAGCCUGAGCUGGCUGUUGUGUUUGGAGCCCUGUGUGGUAUACGGGAAACCUUCCUGGCCACAAUACAUGCACCGCAGAGUCGCGAGUAUGACGUUACAAUUUGCACCAGUGACCCACAGUUGUUGGGUUACCUUCACGAGCUCCAGCAAGAAACAACCUCCUGCACAUCCCAUCUCAGUGAACUCAUGAUGGCCUCUUUCACAACUGUCGCCACGGAGACGGAGAUGCCAAGAACAGAAGGAAGCAUACAUGUUGACAGUAGCAUUGGAGUUCCAUUGUCGGAUGUGGAAUCAUAUACCAACUAUAGUCUCCUUAUUCAGCCUGCCAGUCACUAUCAUUGCAAUCGAUGCCGUAAACACACAGCAGAGGUGCCCAGCCAACCAUGCAGCAGGUGCCUUCAGGCAAUGUCUGGGGGCUGGGAAUGAGACUACUAGACUAGACCAUGAU